UUAUGCAUGUUGGAGGCGAAAGAAAGAAAACAUUACUAAACGCAAUCUUAAUCUUAGCUGGGAGGUGGCUGUUUGGUUCAACAGACAGACAGAGGCCGCGUUUGUGGUAUUUAUAGUUAGUUGAGAGGUUUAGAAAAGAUCCGUCUAGAAUGGCGGAGCUCAACUGUGGCAUGAAGUGUUUGAAGUUUAUGCUGUGCGUUUUCAAUCUAUUUUUUUGGGCCGCCGGCAUUGCAACGAUGGCCGUGGGGAUCUUUGUCAGAGUUAGCGCCAGUAACUACUCGGCCUUAAUGGAGGAAGGUGAUUUCAAGACCGCCGCCAAUAUUCUGAUAGCCGCGGGGGCACUGGUGAUGAUAAUUGGUGGUAUCGGCUGCUGCGCCGUGGUGAAGGAGAAUAAAUGGCUUUUGCUUCUGUAUUCCUUCUUGGUGCUGAUGAUCUUCAUUUUGGAGAUUGCCUCCGGAAUCAUGGCCUACUCUAAGAGAGACAAGGUCAUUAGCAAGAUUGAAGAGGCGGUGUCUAAAACAAUCAAAAACGACUACGGAGAGAAGGACAAGCAGAAGCUGACUGAGGCCAUUGACAAAGCUCAACAAGAGUUGAUGUGUUGCGGUGUUUCGUCUGGGGCUGACUGGAAAACAUCUCAGUGGUUCAACAGUAGUGACAAAUCAGAAUCAGUCCCUGAGUCCUGCUGUAAGAAAAUGGCUGCUGGCUGUAGUAAAGGAAAUUCUCCAAGCAUCUAUCAAGAAGGUUGCUCCCAAGCACUUCAAGAUUUUGUCAAAAGUAAGAUGGCCGUGGUUGGUGGAAUAGGUGUUGGAAUCGCCAUUUUGCAGAUUCUCGGUGUUGUGUUCGCCAUUUGUCUCUUCCGAUCCAUUGGUUAUGAAAAGAUAUGAUUGAAAGAUUCUCCAAGAUGGGUAACUUAUUGACGCGGCAAAAAUGUGUGUUGGAUUUCAAAUUAUACGGAAAGUUAUUAUUAUUUUAUUGUUGUUGAAAGAAUGGCACAUCAAUCACAAGUUCUGUUAGUUCUUAAAACUAAUUUAAGUCGCUUUAGUUUCAAUUGUCAUUCGUGAGUUUCGAUUUAGAAAAAUGAGAAUUCAGCGCCUUUAAAAUAUUUACAAAUCAUCUCAUUUUACGCUUAGCAAUUCUUUCGGUUUCUCCUGAUUCAAUCUGUUCGAACGCGGGAUAAAGUUACUGACCAGGGCCCAGUUGUUUAAAGGGCAGAUAACGUCCCCCAACGGAUAAAUUGCUAUCCAGCGGAAAAGUGUAGGAUAACAUACCACGCUAUCUACGGGAUAGAGAUUUGUUCAAUGGAGCCAGAUAAUUAGCAAAUAGUAGUGUCUUUGUAGCAAAAUCCUUUGUUUACAAGGUGACUUAAUAUCUGGUGGACAGCACAAUCCACCCAACAGACAAUGUGAGUCAGAACUUUCGAACACCGAAAUUUUCUGUUUAACCAAUAAACUAGAUUUUAUUUAUGGAAAGCUGACUCUAAACUGUAAAAGUAUCUUGUUAUGCUUCUUCAUAAAAUUUAUUUUGAUUUAGCGAAGUAGGGUCACUAACUAAUUGCAGACAGAGAUUGUUCAAUCUAAACGCCCUUGAAAUUUAGGGACAACUGUCUGAAGUAAAAGGAUACCGCCAGACUUUUGAAAUAAAUCAGAGGUUGAUGCUGU